AUGGCGACCGAAGGACCUGAACCAACGGAGGUUAUGGAGGAGCAAAUCCCGCAUGAGGAGGGCGGCGAAGAGGAGGAGGAGAUUGCGGCCAUGAAGAGGCGCGUUGCCGAGAUGGAAUCAGAUGCAGCGAAGCUGCGUGAGAUGCAGACUGCACUUGAUCAGCAAUCUUCGGACUUGGCAGAGAACAAAGAGGAUAUCGAUGCACGGAGUAUCUUCGUUGGCAACGUGGACUACGGCGCUUCCCCUGAAGAGAUCCAGGCACACUUCCAGAGCUGUGGCUCCAUCAACCGGGUGACCAUCUUGCUGGACAAAUUCUCCGGCUCGCCCAAGGGCUACGCUUACGUGGAGUUCGCCGAGCCCAGUCUCGUGGCCCAGGCUUUGGUUCUGAACGAGAGUGUGUUCCGUGGUCGUAACCUCAAGGUUACCCCCAAGCGGACCAACUUGCCGGGCAUGACCCGCGGUCGUGGCCGAGGACGUGGUGGUCGCGGUCGUGGACCCUUCCGAGGCACUCGUGGAGGCUACCGGGGCCGGGGACGUGGCUUCGCGCCAUACUAA